AUGCGGCAUUGGGAAAAUUAUACCUGUGUGUCAUUUGUACCUAAAUUGGAACAUCAUAAGCACUAUAUAAUGUUCACGAUCGACAAGUGUGGGUGCUGCUCUUACGUCGGACGUCGUGGUGACGGUCCUCAAGCUAUAUCAAUAGGAAAAAAUUGUGACAAAUUUGGAAUUGUCGUUCAUGAGCUUGGCCAUGUUGUUGGAUUUUGGCAUGAACAUACUAGACCAGAUCGUGAUCAAUACGUCGAUAUCUUCUACAAGAGUAUUCAACCAGGACAGGAUUACAACUUCGAAAAAUCGAAACCAGAGGAAGUGGACUCCCUUGGAGAACCAUAUGACUUCAAUUCCAUAAUGCACUAUGCUCGUGAUACAUUUUCACGCGGCACCUUCCAUGACACGAUACUACCAAAACCAAGUUCAGGAUUCCGAUCUGAGAUUGGACAACGAGUACAACUGAGUGAAGGUGAUAUCCGUCAAGCUAAAAAGCUCUACAAAUGUCCGGCAUGUGGAAGCACUCUAGUGUCAGAAGUAGGCGAAUUAAUUCCAUCGACUGCUGGGAAAUGCGUAUGGCGUAUUGUAGCGGCAGAAGGUCAAACGGUGUUCCUGAACCUGACAGGUUAG